AUGAUAUCACCUUCGCCAGAACUAAAAUCAUAUCAUGUAUAUAUAUUAUUUGUUAUAUUUAUCUUUUUAAGGGAAGAAUAUAAUACAACUAAUGGCAUAACAACAUCACAUGCAUGGACACCACAAGGCAUGAGUAAACUUUUGUUAUUAAAAAUUAUUGAUUUAAAAACAUUUGCACCAUAUGUAGAUUGGAAAGUUGAUCAACAUGGAAUAGUAGCGCCUGUUAUACCUCCCUUUGUUAAAUUGAAGAGUUUGUUGGCAAUUUUGAAUAACAAAAGUUUUCUACAUAAGGAAUUUGCUUUUAUUUUAAGCAAAUUUGAUAAAUUACAAAAUUUAUCAAACUUAAUAACAUUUUUUAAAGACCAUGUACUAGUUGAAAAUGCUGUUGAAGAGAAUUUCAAAAAUGAUGAUUAUUUUGUACGUAAAGUUUUAACUAAAAGUAUCUUAGGUGAUUUCAUAGAGACGUGCAUUAAAGCUUAUGAUCAAAUGAAUUUCUGUGAAUAUUCUUUCAUAAUCGAUCAAAUACAAGAGGAAUUGAAUGAAAAUGCGAGACUGGCAAAUUUGAAGUUUGAGGAUGAUCGUAUGAAGAAUUAUACCCAUGAUCCCUUUUUUGAAAAAGUCUUAGAUUAUAAUUAUAUUGAUAUUAAAAAUGAUUUUUUGCUUCUGGAGAGUAAUUAUGAUAAUUCUGUUGUUAAGUAUGAUAAAUAUAAGGAAAGCAUGAAAUAUUGCAAUUUUAUGCAAAAGCUAUUUCAAUCCAUUGGACCUACUACCCAUACAAAGUCUUCAGAUCUACCAGUGGCAAAUACAGAUUUAUGUUUCUAUUUUCAACCGUACCAUUUAAAAAAUCUAGAGAUAAUAUAUGAAAAAAAGUAUCUCGAAGUCUUGGAUAAUUUUUAUUACUUAUUAGAUCAAGCUAAAACGGUUGGUGAGUUUAAAAGCAUAUCAUCUCUUUUAAUGAAAGUGUACAUAUUAUUUGGUUAUUUGGAUAAAGCGGCGUUGCAUUUGGGAUCCAGUUUAUACCAUGCACGUGAAACAAAGGAUUUUGAUUACUUAUCUAGUACCUUGUUGUGGAUAUUUGUCUUUAUCCAAACUUAUCCGCAAAUGAAGCAUCGUUUUACUAUUAAAAUAGAACAAAUAAUCCCAUAUAUGAAGAAUUUUAAAGAUAAAUUGGAUAUCAGAUGGAUUAGCAAAAUAUAUAUGGCAGAAAAUUUACUAAAUCUAACUAGAUCAAAUAUUACUACGACAAAUGUUUUUAAAAACCACAUGAUUAAUUUCAUACUAAAUUAUUCUUCUGAUAUAUCAUCCCUUUCAACUUUUUCAUUUCCAUUUUCUUUAUACGAUACAUCGUAUGAAGUUUGGUUGAUUCUGGGCAACAAAAAAUUAGCUGAAACAUAUUAUUCUUUAAAUUUGUUAAAUGAAAAUGCAGCUGCCAAUUUAGAUACUAAAGUUACUGAUUUGAAGAAAUUACAUUUAUAUGACUUGAAAACAGUUGCUUCAACUUCGACUAAUAUUUAUAUCAGGAUACUAUAUGAAGCAUAUUCAAACUUAAAGGCUGAUAUCAAACUACCAUUUAAUAUCUCCUAUUUUUAUGAAUCACAAGAACUACCUUAUGAAUUCAAACAGCACUUAAAUUUAUUAGCAAUCAAUUAUAAAAUGUAUUAUGACGAUUAUAACGCAGCAGCGAUUUUAUGUAAGAAUAAAUACCAAGAAUGCGUAAAUAUUUUUAAAGAUAGAAUAUGGGCCUUUGAAUUCAGGUUGAAGGAAGUUGAAAUUUACCAGAAACAUGUUAAAAACGGUGAUGCAAGAAUGCUAGUGCAUUUGUUUGAUUUAAUAGAGGAACAAGCUAUAUGGGGUGAUAAUUAUAGAUUGUUAAGGUGUGGGUUAGUAUUGGUUAAAUCUUUGAUAAAAAUGGAUAAAUUUGAAGAAGCCCGUUGUUUUUUGAAUGACAAUAUGCAUGGUUAUUUACAAUAUAACGAAACUAAACUACAUAACGAAUAUCAAGAGGUUUAUAAAUUAGUUUCAAAUCAACUAUAUUAA